CAACCCUUCAGUUUCCAUCAGAAAAUUUCCCAUGCACCAAAAUGUCUGGUUACGGCAAUCAUAUAUUUCUACACUGAAAUCAAUCUUGAACUUAAAUUUAUUUGUAUUAUCUGUGUAUCUCUUCUUCUAUCCAGAGCAAAUACUUGACAAUGAAGGGCAUGAGUGACUUACAGUUUUCCUCCCAGCUAUCCGAUGAGGAGGAAAAUAUGUACGAGACUGUAACUUCUUCAAUGCUGGAGGCCAUGGAUUCUCUGAGAAUCCUUCCUGCCAAACCUCUACAAGAAUCUGAAUAUGCAGACAAACGUUGCUUAAGGCCUUCAGGUACCACUUCCCCAACAAGUGAAAACCCAUCUCAGCCCCUUCAACACUCAGCUAUUUGCACACUUGAUCCGGAGGGGAGAACAGUGCCAAAUGUAAGAGGAGGAAGAAUGAAAACACAUGGAUAUCAGGAGCCUACACCUCCCCCACGGCCUCUGAAGAUGCUGCCAAAGCAGUAUCAGCCCCUUCCUCCAGAGCCAAGAAUAAGCAGCCAGAUCUUUCACAAGAGGAACACACUCAGCCAAGAUCCCACCUUUCCAACAUCAGCAAAAGUCACAAGACACUCAUCUGUUAAGGAAUCAAAUAAAGCACGUGGAAGAGAGCAAGUUACAAGUUUGGGGAAGAAACCUGAAGUAUCUUUUCAAGCACAACAGCAUCCUCCUGAAGCCAGCCCUCAAUGUACACGAAGCUCUAAAAACAUCUGCAAAUCAGGUUCCACAUUAAGUGUAGAUAAUUUGAAAGUGAGGAAGCCACUACCUCCUACAUCGUAUGCAGCAUGCAAAAAUAAACCAAAACAUCUGCUCAUAAAACAGGAAAUGCAAUCUCUUACCCAACCCACUGAAAAGGAUUUAAACAAAUGCGAAUGGUAUGUUGGAGAAUAUGAUCGCCACAAAGCAGAGAAGAUACUGUUACAGAAAAACAUUGAUGAGACAUUCUUGGUUAGAGAUUGUUCAAAGAAAUCAAAGGCUGAACCGUACGUUUUGGUUGUUUAUUAUGGAAGAAGAGUAUACAACAUUAAAGUCCGUUUUCUGGAAGAAAGCCAACAGUACGCGUUGGGAACAGGGCUCAGAGGAGAGAGUAAAUUUAAUUCCGUGGAAGAGAUCAUAGACUUCUACAAAUCCGUUCCCAUAACACUCAUUGACGGAAAGGAUCAGUCAGGAAACCACAGAGAACAAUGCUACCUCAAACAUCCAUUCAAGUCACGCUGACCUCUUCUGCCUUAUUGUCACUGAUUCAUCUGUACAGAUAUAAAUAGAACACUUAUUUAGAUGUCUCAAGAAUCAGAUCUGCCUUUUGAGCACGGAGCUCCACAUAAUAUAAUGAAGCAUUCCACAGAUCUACUCCAUCUUUUGAUUGUCGCAUUUUCACUUUGAGGAUACAUGAAUAUGUCAACAUAUUAAAUGACAGGAAGGUGUUGAGACCAACUUCUGAUACACUGACAACUGACCAAUUUGCUUAACUUAAGAUGAAAAUUAAACUUGUCCUUGCUUACCUAAAUGUCACUGAAACUUCGCUGAGUAGCAAAAACCUAAUAAAAUAUACCACAGUCAUUAAAUAAAUAUUCUUGCUUUUAAAAAUACACAUGAAACAGUGUGUCAGAGUUCUCACUGUCUAACAAUUUCAUGUGGUGUGCAUAUGUUUGCUCAACAACAAGCUGUGCUCAGCUGCCACUGAAGUUAGUGUCAUACAAUGCUUACAGGCACUGGAGACUUUAAAGCUAGCUGUACUUAGGUAAAUUCUUAUUCUUUAGCUCAAGUAGCAGAUACUUGUAUUCCAAACCUGAGCUUUCAAACACUUAUACAGUAGGACCAUUAUGCAAACAUUCACUUUGAAUCCAUACCAUGUGCAAAUGUAAAGCUCAUAAGCAGGAAAAGCAGAUGUACUUAAAAAUCAGCAAGAAAACAUGCUCCAGUGUAUAUGAGCAAAGAACAUGAGAAUGUGAUUAUUCUUCCAGAAAAAAAAAUACAGAGAUAUUUAUUUAUACAAUUUGAGUUUUGGAAGCUUACCUAACUACUGUAUGUAUAUGAAGGCAAACUAUAAUUCUAUAUGUACAUGAAGGGAUUUUUCUGCAGAGCAUUGAUAAUCCUCCUAACCACACUCAGAAAUUUGACUAGGCUAUUGUAAUAUACCAGAAAGGAACCUCAGUUACUUUAUCCUUAUAGAAUAGGAACGGGAAGAACAAAACCACUCAAGCCCAAAACCACAACAUUCCAACCCAAUUUAUGACGUACUAUGUAGUGGCACAAACUAGCUCUAAAAAAAUUUAGCAGUUGAUUAUUGUUUUCUUACAACCUUUUUAUUUCUCAAUGCUGUAUCAAAGGGAAGAAAACAUCCACUGUAAAUUAUUUCUCUCAAAUUGAUGAGACUGUUAAACUUGAAGGAAAUUAUUCUGACAUAAUUUUAUCAAAUAAAAGUAACAAAACAGAAGCUGCUAAAAUAGAGUUUAGCAGAGUUCAUAAAAAAAA